CGUUCAGUUUUACAGGAUCUGCGUGCCAGUUACCAUAUACCGGUGUCGAAUAUAAACUUUGGUAACGUGCGAGAAGUAUUUUUGUUUUUUCUUUUUCUAAAAGUAAAUUCAAAUUUAUUUUCCUUUCAAAAUGUGUAACGGUUAGAGAUUUUUGUUUUUUGUCCAAAAGCCUUUCGAGGGCUUUCGAGUUAUUUUCCGGUUUUAAGUUAAAAAAAAACACUUCCGUUUGAGUGCUACCUACAAUUAUUGUAAAUCAUGGGUCGUCGAUGCGACAUCCGUCUGAUCGUCUUGAUUACAGCACUUGUGGCAGCGGAGUACGUGGCUUCGCAGCACAUUCAUAUCACGCCCAACGACAUGGAACCUGUACGAGAAGUGUUGUCCAAGUACGGGGUGACGUGCUACGGUCCGAGCCCCAGCGAAUUUAAUUGGCGCGGACCUAAGGGUCCGAUAUCGCACAGCCCUCAGUUCAGAGUACAUUCGCAAGACUUGAACAUGCCGAACAACCAGACCGGUUUGCUGUUGGUUUUCGAACGGGUUAUGGAAGAAGACGAAGGAAAUUACACUUGCACGGACAGGAGGAGAGGUCAUAACGUCGUCAUCAAGUUGACAGUCACUAAAGUGUUGGAAUUCGACGCUCCUCCUAAUCAGACCACGGAAGAGUACGCGGAUUACUUGAUCAAAUGCAAAGUCAAGGGCAACAUUAAACCGACGUUUAUGUGGUAUUUCCAAAACCUGACGUUCAAAGAGAAAACCACGACUGGCAAAUAUUCAGUGCAAGACGGAGGGUUGUUGGUGCGCAACGUUUCGCACUUGGACGCCGGCAAAUACGGUUGCCGAGCUUUUGAGACUACAUCCGAUUACACCGUUUCCGAAGACAGAGAUAUCAACUUGAUAGUCAGGCACAAACCGGUAUUCUUGCAUCACAUGGAAGGCGAAAUCAUCGACCAGUACGUUUACUAUUUGGAAUCGGCUAACCUGAGCUGCCAGAAUUCGGCAGAGCCGCCGGCCAACGUGUCUUGGAGUUUCGAACACAAACCUUUUCUGUACCCUUACGACCAUUACAUAGUCACGUUCAACAAACAAGAAAAGUUGGGCCGGUACAAGUGCACGGUUUCCAACCCUUUGGGCACCGUGACCAGACAAUACCAAUUGAUCGAAGGGUUCAAACCGCAAGUUCCAAGCGGCCUGGCCGUCGUCAGCACCGGCGAUAACUACAUCGAGCUGGCGGUUAGCCCGAACAAAAAGUCUGACGCGUUAAUCGGAUACAGGGUCGAGUACAUUGAAAAACUGGUCAAGCCCAACUCGUUGACUUACGAAAGCUUCAACAUGAUGAACUUUAACAGCACCGAAGGUCCUUUCGCACUGGUCAAUCUCAAGCCCAACACCGAGUACAUAAUAAAAAUCUCGGCCAGGAACAUGGCCGGAGUCAGUGACUUCAGCGACCCGCUCGCGGCCCGCACGCUUCCCGUCAACAUCAACGGCGCCGGGUCCUACCGCGGCGACGGCUGCCGUCGCUCUCUGCUGGUCGCCGCCCUGAUCAUGGUAAUCGCCCGAACGGUCAGGCUGUAAUAAACACCAACAGCACAACGACAAUUAUUAUAUAGAUAGUGUCACUCGUUUCAAUGCCAAAGUCCCCGGCCUUAAUGCCGAGUGGAACAAUUAAGUGUGUCACGCAAACAUCAAUUCCCCUAUCAUCCAACAGCUGUGAUCGAAUGGAAUCGGUUUAUCUGUAGGUUAGACACCUACAUAAGUGGUCGCUUUUUCAAUGAAUUUUCUCAACUAAAACAAUAUAAUGAUUCUUACUUCGAUCCACGGCCGCCCGAUUCGGAGGGGGGGGGGGCUGUGGAUACUAACUAAACCUUAAAACUGAUUUGCCGAAGUACAAAUAAAAUGUGUAGCGCUGAUAUUUUGAGUUUUAAGGUUUUUAGAAUCCCAAGCCCCCUCCCUCCCUCCCCCUAUCUUCGCCCGAGCUUAGAUUUGUCGAUUUCGAUCACACUAUUCGACUACUGUAUAACAUAACAGCUAUUCGUGACACUCGGCUUGGGUCUGAUAAGGCCAAUCUCGGUUUUUUUGAUAAAAAAAAAAACACACACAACUCUGUGUAACUCUUAAGAGGGCGUCGCACCGGUGAUUUUCAGUGGUAAAAACAUAUUUACGCCAACUGAAAAUAACUCGCUUAGUUUAGGUUUUAGAGUAAAAGCACCUAUUAUAAAACUUAAAGAAAACAAUAUUCCCGAGGGCAAGAUGGUGCGUUUAAAAAACAAAAAUUAUUUUUUUGAAAAGUUACAGUCAUAUAAAAAUGUCAAAAUAGUCGUUAUUUCUAAACUAUGUAUUGAGCGUUAUACUUGGAAUAAUGAAAAAACGCACCGUCUUGCCCUCCGGAAUAUUGUUCUCUUUUAAUUUUAUAAUGGGUGCUUUUACUCUAAAACCAAAAUUAAGUGAGUUAUUUUCAGUCUGCUUAAACAAGUAGAGAUGAAAAAAACAUUUUUCAAAUCGCUUUCAAGGAUGCUGUGAUAGUCCGAAAAAUAAAUGAACUACCAAAACAGAGUCCUAGUUAUUGAACUAAUAAUUACACAUCACAGUGUUUAAUCUUUAAAUUUAGAUUUUGUGAAAAAUUGCCUUUACUUUACUCCUUAAAAAUGGGCGGUGCGACGCCCUCUUAAUGAUUCUCAGCCUUCUCGGACCCUAAAGGCAGCUUUACGGUGUGUCUCACGAUGACCUAACGUUCGACAGUAAAAAGUCAAUACGGUUUUCAUCUCAGUCAAACUCAACUGCUUUUAAAAUAAUCUCUCUUAACCACAACGUAUUUGAAACGCCACACCAGUCAUUCUGAGACACAUUCCGUACACUCACUACUGCUUAUUCCUGCUAGUCUUACCCGCCCACAAAAAUAGCAAACCAAACAUCUCCGAACACCACCCUCUCGCGGUGAUAAUGGCGCGUCCAAAUACUUGCCCAAGUAUUAAUGUGUUUAGCUGGUAGAAGUCAUUAUCGCUGUUCGCUCCCACGCGGUAUGGAACUCGCUUAAGAGUUUGUAAACAUUUUAACCGUUUCGCAUUCUACUUAGAUCGCAUAAUAGACUGUUCGCCCUAUUUUUGUUGUUGUUUAUUUUUAAUUAAGAUAAUAAUAUUAAACAAACUACUGUAAGUACCGCUUGUUUUUUUUUAAAUUUUAUUUUUUAACCUUCUACGCGACAUACUAUCUCCAGUAUUAAUAUUUUAUUAUUAUACAGGGUAUAUCUUGAAGAAUGGUGGGGCUUUCAAACGGCUGUAAGUUGUCAAGUAUUGGACCUACAGCGCUUUGGUAAAGCCCGCCCAAAUUAUUGGGUGUGAAGCCCUUGCGGGUCGUUUUAGGAAGAAAAACGCUAGCUCCCCCCCCCAAAAAAAACUAAUCAACUAAUCUCCGCCUAUGCAGUCAUUCGAAACUUGACAACUCCCUCUUUCGCCCAAGCCCUACCAGAGCGCUGUUGGUCCAAUACUUUUCAACCUACAGCCUUUUGAAAUCCCACCGUUCUUUAUGAUACACCCUGUAUUACAUAAUUACCCUGUAAAAAUAAUUACUAUGAUAUAGUGUAAUGUAUUAAUAUUAUUAUUAUAUAUGAUAUAACUAUUCGUUUUAUGUUUAAGAUUUUACUAAAAUACUAUAUUAUAUAAUAUUAUAUUGAUACGUAUGGUCUGGCACAAAGGACAAAUGUUGUUUUUCAUGAUGUUUCAUUAAAACCAGUUGAAAAUGCUAUAAUAAACUUUAUAAAAAUAUAUAAUAAUCCGUAUUGUUUGAACUUCAAUGUGAUAUGUUACUUUAUGAUGUGAAAGACAGCUACCCUUCGUUGAGUUAAUUUGAGUAUUUUUUUUUACAGUUCUCUAGAACCGGAUAGGUAUUGGUAUGCAAUUAGUUUUUCAGAUGAAACGGCAUUGUCCUUUUAGUGAGACAAACCACAGCUGUUAUAUUAUAAUGUACACUUUUAAAUGCUAUACGCGUAUACAUUACUUAGUUUAUAUUAUUAUAUAAUAUGUUACUGUAAAUAUAAUUAUAAUAUUUUAUAUAUAAAUCUUACCUAUCUUAGAGGAUAUACGUUUCAUAUUGGUAAACUGUGUAAAAGCCUGAUUGUUGGCUCGGUGUACAUUUAUAUUAUAUUAUAAUAUUGUACUCAUUUAGGUAUAUUGUAACAAUAAUUGUUAUUAUUACUGUCAAUCGCAUGUGUAAACUGUAAAGUCACUUUUCGAGAUGGUCCGCAACGUGUAUUGAUGUAAUUUAAAAACUAGAUACCGUUCGAAAAGUAUCUUAUCUUAUAUACACACAAUUAUUAUUACGAAUAUAUUCUUAACUAUAUAACUAUUUCAAGUAUUAUUAUUGGUAAUUUUGUCGUACGCGUUGAACAAAAAAUGCUUAAGUCUAAUAUAAUUGAUAUAAUAAUAAAUGAACUGUAUGAAUUCAUAUAAAAGCGUAUGUAAAAACAUUUUGAUAGUUAUUUUAUC